CGUGAAUAUUUGUCUAAACUUCGUUACUCACUCCAGGCAGCAGAUGGCGACUUAAGUCGUUCAGUUGACGCCUCUUGCGUGACGUAUAAUCUAGUGGACGGGAAAGGACACUUCUUCAAUAACAACACGGUUACCGAUUCAACCAUCUCGCUAGUCAACAUAAAACCUAAUAUUGAAUCUUUUGCUAUUUUUGUGUAUAUUCAUCUCAGUGUUUUAAACACAAUUCUGUUUGAGUAUCUACUAGUUAAAAUUAACAUAAUUUACUUGUUACAUUUGCACAUGUGUUCAGGUUAUUUCUGAACCUAGCACUAGGCUAGUCGCUAGCUUGACAUCCCCUGACCAUGAGCUCACUUAGCUACUCCGCCCCUGCUAAAGAAGAAGAGGUCUGUUCCACGGAGAAAGAGCCUCUGGGGUUGAACUUUGUCGUGAAAGAAGAACAUGAGCAUAUUACAAUGAAAGGAGAGGAAGACGUUUUUAGAAUUAAACAGGAGGAAGAGAACGCUAUAACGUUGAAAAAAGAGAAAGAACCGUGUGGAGUGAAACGGGAAGAGGAGGGUCUCACAUUGAAAGAGGAGCAUGUUACAGUUAAAGAAGAGAAAGACACUUUAGGAGAGGAAGAGGGGAUAGAGGCUGUCACAGUGGAAGAGGAGGUUCUCACAUUGAAAGAGGAGCAUGUUACAGUUAAAGAAGAGAAAGACACUUUAGGAGAGGAAGAGGGGAUAGAGGCUGUCACAGUGGAAGAGGAGGAGGUAGAAUAUUUCAGAAUCAAAAAGGAGGAAGAGGAGGUAGAACCUUUAAGAAUUGAAAAGGAGGAAGAGGAGGCUAUCUCAUUGAAAGAAGAAGAGGAGGAUGUGACAGUAAAAGAAGAGGAAGAACCUUUUAGAGAAGAGGAGGCUCUCUCAAUAAAAGAGAAGGAGGCAGGAGAGGAGGAGGAGACAGAUCUGAUUAACACCAGAGAGAGAUAUGACUAUGGUGGAUCCUCUGGGGAGCCUCAACAACAUCCUGAUGCUGACGAGUCAGAGAAGCGUCUCUCCACAUCAGAACGCCUCAAUAAACACCGACGGACACUUACAGGGAAGAAACCGGUCUGCUGCUCUGAAUGUGGGAAGACUUAUUCAAGAUCAGAUUCACUAAAAUUACACCUGAGAAUUCACACAGGUGAGAAGCUUUUCAACUGCGAUCAAUGUGGGAAGAGAUGCACGUCUUCGUCGGAACUUAAAAUACACCAGAGAAUCCAUACAGGAGAGAAACCGUAUCGCUGCUCACAGUGUGGCAUGACUUUCUCCAGAUCACAUUCAUUGAAAUCACACCUGAGAAUUCACACAGGAGAGAGAACUUAUGGUUGUGAUCAAUGUGGGAAGAGUUUUGCUACCUCAGCUAACCUGACUGCACACCAGAGAAUACACACUGGAGAGAAGCAUUACCACUGCUCUGACUGUGGAAUAAGCUUAACCACAUCAAGGGGACUACUACUACACCAGAGAACACACACAGGAGAGCAACCUUAUAGCUGUUAUCAUUGUGGGAAGAGUUUUGCUCAGUCAAAUAACCUGAUAUCACACCAGAGAACUCACACAGGAGAGCAGCCUUAUAGCUGUUAUCAAUGUGGGAAGAGUUUUGCUCAGUCAAAUAAUCUGAUAUCACACCAGAGAACUCACACGGGACAGAAGCCCUAUAGCUGUGAUCAGUGUGAGAAGAGUUUUACUCAGUCAACCAACCUUAAAUCCCACCAGAGAACUCACACUGGAGAGAAGCCUUAUAGCUGUGAUCAAUGUGAGAAGAGAUACUCUGAUUUAAGAGAUCUGAUUAAACAUCAGAAAAUGCACACAGUAGAUCCACAGAGAGUGGAAUGUCCAACACCAGACCUGGGUAGUAGAACACAGAGAGUGGAAUGUCCAACACCAGACCUGGGUAGUAGAACACAGAGAGUGGAAUGUCCAACACCAGACCUGGGUAGUAGAACACAGAGAGUGGAAUGUCCAACACCAGACCUGGGUAGUAGAACACAGAGAGUGGAAUGUCCAACACCAGACCUGGGUAGUAGAACACAGAGAGUGGAAUGUCCAACACCAGACCUGGGUAGUAGAACACAGAGAGUGGAAUGUCCAACACCAGAUCUGGGUAGUAGAACACAGAGUGUGGAACGACCUCCAACACCAGACCUGGGUAGUAGAACACAGAGCGCGGAAUGACCUCCAGCACCAGACCUGGGUAGUAGAACACAGAGU